ACGUUCCAGAAUAUUCCGACGCGCGAGGUGAACAUCUGGGGUUCACGACACCAACGUAAAGAGCGUGCACUCGACGUCCUGUACACACUCGGUUUUGUGCAAUUCUGAGAAUCUUUAACAUGGCGAAAAAGUGCGUUCACAAAGGGUGCGGCAAGACAUACGAGGACGAAAACGAAGAGUGCAUCUACCACCCAGGCCCACCAGUCUUCCACGAGGGGCAGAAAGGCUGGAAAUGCUGCAAACCUCGCGUCCUGACAUUUGAUGAAUUCCUCGCAAUCGAGCCUUGCACAAAGGGCAAACAUUCCGAUGUAGACGACACGCCUGCGCCCGAGCCUGUUGAGACUCCUGAUGUCCCCAAUGGCACACCAGUCAAUCUAGGAUCGCUCGACGAGUCUCUUCCCCCGCCUGCACCCCGAGUACCUACUGCACAAGCUGCGCCCAAGCCCACAGCCUCGCCUGCCCCACCCCCAGAGUCCGAAGACGACGACCCAAGCAUAGCGGUGAAGGAGGGCAUGACAUGCAGGAGGAAAGGGUGUGGUGCUGUGCACAAGGGAGGUGAUAGACAAGGAGAGAGCUGUGUACAUCAUCCUGGUGCGCCAAUCUUCCAUGAAGGCAGCAAGGGAUGGAGUUGUUGCAAGAGGAGAGUGUUGGAAUUUGACCAAUUCAUGAACAUUGAAGGCUGUAAGACAAAGGAUAGACAUUUAUUUGUUGGCAGUGGCAAGAAGAAGGAGGGGGAGGAGAAGCUGGAGACAGUCCGACACGACUACUACCAAACGGCGACUUCAGUGGUCGCCUCUCUCUACCUCAAGAAAAUUGACAAGACCACUGCAAGCGUUGAAUUCCAGCCGUCGAGUGUGAAACUAGACCUGCCUACUAGCGACAGUAAGCGCUACCAAACCGAGUUUCCCCUAUUCUCGACGAUCAAACCGGAAGAGAGCAAGUUCCGGAUCCUAGGGACCAAGCUUGAGAUGACUCUUGUCAAGGCUGAUGGGGCGAGCUGGCCAGUGUUGAGGAGUGACGAGAAACCUACUGGUGAGAUGAUACAGGUCGGCAGGGCCGGAAGGGCCUAGGAACAUGGCGGCAGUGCUGGUGACGAGGACAUGGUUAGCGUAACAAAAGCAUAGCAUUUACAAGCACGAAGUUAUGACCAUCAAGGUUUUGCCCAAGUCUCCAUGUGUUUGUGUAGAUGGAUGUGCAUAGUUAGUUAACGUGUUCUAUCAGUAAGCUGGC